AUGGAAGGAGAGUCAGUGUCCAAAGAAAAAGACUAUUUGCAGGAGAAUUUGAACGGAUUUUCGGUUGAUAAAGGGUUUUGCUAUGGAUAUUUUAAUGGGAACAGGGAGGAAUUUGAAGAUUUUCUGGAGAAUUUCCAGUUAUUGAACUCUGCCUGCUAUGUUCGAGCCGAAGGUCAUUGCAAGGACAAAGGACACAAAGACUGUCCCAAACAGAUAGUUUUAAAAAUGGCUGAAAACAUCAGCCUAGAUUCUGAAGACGAAGGAAAGGGACCGGAAAGUCAUUCCAAGAAGACCGUUGACAGUGCGGCCCCUGAAGAUCGUCCCGCCAAAAAACGGCGCCAAGAUGGCCGCUCCACGAGCACGCCUGAUGGCGAGGAUGAUCGAGACCCUGAGGAAAUCAUGAAUGAGAUCAUUGGUAAAAACAAUGUCUCAGAUGAAUCUGAACACGAACAUGAAUCUGGUGAGUCAGAUAUUGAUGRAACACUAGCCGAACUCCAAAAGGAGUACGAGUCUGAUGACAUAACUGGGGCCAAGCUCCAACAUAACCAGCUCGCUAAGCUAGUUGACAAAAUGCUUCGACAUCGUAUGUCGGAUAAAGCAUUAAAAGACAAGUUAGAUCGCAUAGAAAGGCCGGAAAACUGUCAAAAUGCAAAGCCUACUAGGGUGAAUCCAGGCAUCUGGCGAAGGCUCAGAGAUUACACUAGAAAAACUGAUGCACAAAUGUACAAAAUUCAACAAGCUCUAGUGAAAGGAAUGAUACCAGUCAUGCGCAUGACUGACCUGUCCAUGACAGGGCACCUGAGCGGCGACCAACUUCAGCAGAWGAAGAAAAAGGGCUUAGAGGCCUUAUCUCUCUUCUCACAUGCAAACUAUGAGAUAAAUGUGCAGAGAAAAUUGUUUAUGAAGUCAGACAUAGGCAAGGAUUAUGCCUAUCUGUGCUCUUCACAGAUUCCCUUCUCUGACAUGCUUUUUGGAGAUGACCUCCAAAAACAAUUGAAAGAUAUUGGUGACCAGAACAAAAUUGGUGCCAGAAUCCAAUCCAAAGACUACCGUAGCAACAAUUCAUAUGGUAAUUCGCAUGGUAGCAAAUACAGGAAUUCAAAAAAAAACUCCAGAGGCCAGGACUACAAACCCUGGAAAAGGAAAGAAGGUCAGAGACAGAGCACAAAACAACGACAACAGUCAAAAUAGACACAAAAAGCUCUAAUGACCUGCCUUAUAGGGAAAGUUCUUCAGAAAAUACAGUUAGACAAAGUAAUGGCAAUCUUGAUAAUUCCUCAUUGGACAACACAGUUCUGGUAUCCGAGGCUAUUGCAAAUGCUCCAAGCUCAACCAAUAAAGAUAACAAACAAACGAAAAACACUGAUGCUGCCUCACAGCCCAGAGGAGGUACAUCCACUUUACCCCAA